CUAUCGUGCUGCUGCAAGUGCCAAGGUUUUUCCUCGAAAAGUGCGGGUGUGUUUACGGAAAUUUCAGCGAAAAGUGCGUGAUUUUCGGGGUUUGUGCAGUGCUAAAUGUGAUUCCUGCGUGAACUUGCAUGCGUGGAAACUGCUGAGAGUGAAUCGCGCCACCGCCACGAUCAGUCGUAAGUGUGCACUCGAGUUUGGUGGACGUGUCGACCUCCAGCCAGUCAGCAGUCAGAGCAGCAGCAGCCACGACCUGGGUGCUUCUUGAAUUUUUGGAAUUUCCGUGAACACACACUGCACUUGUGCAGGAGCUUCAACCAACUACAUCCGGUCCGGGUAGUGCGAGUUCCGGUUUAUUUUGAAACAGAGUCGACCCAAAGUGAGAUAACUCUGUGAACGCAGUGAACUCCGGAGAGGUGCUUCGACCCCAAGAAGACGACGACUACGACAAGUGAAGGAAUCCGAAACAGGAGCAGGAGCUUCCCCUCGGGAACAAGAAGCUGGAUCUUUCUCUCUCUUUAUCACAAGAGUCGUUAACUUGUUGGUGGUGCGAGCGCGCGCGCGAAAAACGAGAAGAACUGUGUGUAGAAUCUGUGUAGUUUGUUGAACGCGCAAUGGUUAUCUCCAAGAUUUGCUGCAUCGGGGCCGGUUACGUGGGGGGUCCCACGUGCAGCGUGAUGGCGCUCAAGUGUCCCGACAUCAAGAUCACCGUCGUCGACCGCAGCGUCGAGCGCAUCGCCCAGUGGAACUCCGACAAGCUGCCCAUCUACGAGCCCGGCCUGGACGAGGUGGUGAAGCAGUGCCGGAACAAGAAUCUCUUCUUCUCGACCGACAUCGAGACGGCGAUCCGGGAGGCGGAGCUGAUCUUCAUCUCGGUCAACACGCCCACCAAAACGUACGGCAAUGGGCGGGGCCGGGCCGCCGACCUCAAGUACGUCGAGGGGUGCGCCCGCAUGAUCGCCGACAUGUCGCAAAACAGCAAGAUCGUGGUCGAGAAGAGUACGGUGCCGGUACGGGCGGCCGAAAGUAUUAUGCACAUCCUGAAGGCGAACCACAAGCCAGGUGUUCGGUACGACAUCUUGUCAAAUCCGGAAUUUCUCGCGGAAGGAACUGCCAUCGAAGAUCUAUUCCAGCCGGAUCGGGUGCUGAUCGGAGGUGAGGAAACACCCGAGGGCAAGGCGGCGAUCGAGAAGCUGUGCUGGGUGUACGAGCACUGGAUUCCGAAGAAGAACAUCCUGAUGACCAACACGUGGAGCUCGGAACUGUCCAAGCUGGCGGCGAACGCGUUCCUUGCGCAGCGCAUUUCUUCCAUCAACUCGCUGUCCGCGGUUUGCGAAGCCACGGGUGCGGACGUAUCCGAGGUGGCCCGUGCCGUCGGUCUCGACUCCCGGAUCGGUCCCAAGUUCCUGCAGGCAUCGGUCGGCUUCGGCGGAAGUUGCUUCCAGAAGGACAUCCUCAACCUGGUGUACAUUUGCGAGGGCCUCAACCUGCCGGAGGUGGCCGCCUACUGGCAGCAGGUCAUCGACAUGAACGAGUACCAGAAGACGCGCUUCUCGCAGAAAAUCAUCGAAUGCCUCUUCAACACGGUCACCGACAAGCGGAUAUCGAUCCUCGGGUUCGCGUUCAAAAAGAACACCGGCGACACGCGCGAAACGCCGGCCAUCACCGUGUGCAAAACCCUGCUCGACGAAGGCGCCCAGCUCAACAUUUACGACCCCAAGGUGGAACCGGAACAGAUCAUGGGCGACCUGACGCACCCGAAGAUUGCCGAGAGUCCCGAGCACGUCAAGAAGGCCGUGCAGAUCUUCUCCGAUCCGUACGACGCCGUCCGGGGAACGCACGCCAUCGUCAUCUGCACCGAGUGGGACGAAUUCACUAGUCUCAACUACGAGCGCAUCUACCAGUCGAUGAUGAAGCCGGCGUACAUCUUCGACGGGCGCAAAAUCCUCCAGCACGAGCGCCUCCAGCAGAUUGGCUUCCACGUGCAAACCAUCGGCAAAAAGCUGAACCGCAACAUCCUGACGCGGUCCUGGGGCAGCAUUCCGCAGCUGUAGAAACGGGCUUACCGGAACAGGUAGAAGGUAAGAAGGAAAAGUUCAUCUCAGCCUCACUUUGUCUCACACGCACAGCAUCAGCAUCAGCAAACAAAAAGUAUAUAUUUAUUGUUUCAAGCAAACCCAGACAGAACAAGCUAUUUAAGAAGCGGAACAAAGUAUUAGAUAUACAAGAACCGGAAACGAUCAAAUAAUGCACGGGUCGGUCAGGUCGGUUUUGUAGACCAAUUCUUACCAAGCUAGGCCCUUGCUGUUUUUCGAGUGAAUUUUGCCAGCAGAUUAAGUUAAGUAGAAAAGAUGUAUCCAGCGAACUUUACACACAGCUUUGCGUGCUAGAUUUCUCCUUAAACACUUCCACUUUCAUCUUUAUACGCAAACAACUUUAGGACGAGUGCCGCAAUACAAUUUACGCACUUUAAAUUUAUCCUUAAUUCUAUAUUUAACUAUUUGCGUACACACAUUUACACUACACAGAACUCAUAAAUGUCAACAUCCUUUACGCAGAUCAAAUGUACGUAUUAUUGCACAUUUACUAGUGUUUAAAAGUAUUCAGUUUAAGAUCCGUAAUAAAACUUUGAAAUUAAGAA